CCCCGCCCCUUGGAGAAGCCCCGCGGCCUGGCGGACGGCCUCAGUGGUAGCUGGCGGUUUGAGAGCGGGGCCGGGUUGAGGCCUUCGGGCUGCCCGCCGUCAUGAAGCUGACGCGGAAGAUGGUCCUGUCCCGGGCCAAGGCCUCGGAGCUGCACAGCGUGCGGAAGCUCAACUGCUGGGGCAGCCGCCUCACUGAUAUCUCCAUAUGCCGGGAAAUGCCCAGCCUGGAAGUGAUCACCCUCAGCGUCAACAGCAUCUCCACCCUGGAGCCCGUGAGCCGCUGCCGGCAGCUGAGCGAGCUCUACCUGCGCAAGAACUGCAUCUCCAGCCUGGCGGAGCUCUUCUACCUGAAGGGCCUCCCGUGCCUGCGUGUGCUGUGGCUGGCGGAGAACCCCUGCUGCGGCGCCUGCCCUCACCUCUACCGCAUGACCGUCCUGCGCAACCUGCCUCACCUGCAGAAGCUGGACAACCAGGCUGUGACGGAGGAGGAGGUGUCCCGAGCGCUGGUGGAGGGAGAGGAGGUCACGGCCCCCAGCAGACAGCACUCAGGGAACGGCCCGCCCGAGCUGUCCUACACCCUGAGUGCCGAGGACGCCGCCGCCGAGAUGCCACGGGACCCGCUGAGCCUCGGCGAGGAGAGCAGCGGCACCCAGGGGCAGCUCGGCCUGAAGCGCCUUUCCCGGGACCCGUUUCCUUCCUUCUCGCAGAAGGCUACCACAAGCGGUCGCAAGAACAGGAACAACGUCCUGACCGCCGUCCUCCUGCUGCUGCGGGAACUAGACAGCGAGGGGCUGGAGGCCGUCCACCAGCGCGUGGUCAGCCGGCUCCAGGCCCUGCAGAAGCAGGAGCUGCAGGAGGCCAUGGAGUGACUGUCAGCGGGGACCCCGAGCUGAAGUCCGGCGUCUUCCCGAACACCUGGGAGGGUGGGGGUCACAGCUGCGGCCUCUGCUUGACCCCAGGCUGAGCCUCGGCGCACAGGGCUGCGUCCUUAGGAAGCCUCGCCCACCCAGGAAAGCCGAGCUUGCGCUGUGGAUGGGCACCCAGGGCAGGAGGGGCUGGCUGGGCAGACCUGCCCCUGUGCCCUCUGCUGUGAGGGGCCGUAGCCAGAUGCCCUCCUGUAUGGCAGGGCCACCUCGACUUGCCUCUUCCUGAAGGUGGGCUUUGCAGCCGUCCUCCCUAAUAAAUAUUUUUCCAAAGUCUGA